AUGGCCGCCGCUCGUGUCGCUGCUACCCGCAUUGCCUCUCAGAUGGCUACCAAGGCCGCCCGGCCUGCCAUGCGCGCCCAGGUCAGCACCGUUGCUGCCAAGCGCACCAUCGCCAGCAGCUCCAACGCUUUCCAGACCGUCAAGCGCCAGCAGGCCUCCAAGAUCGUCAACGCCACCACCCGCCAGGCUUUCCAGCGCCGAGCUUACUCCUCUGAGAUCGCUCAGGCCAUGGUCGAGGUCUCCAAGAACUUGGGUAUGGGUUCUGCUGCCAUCGGUCUGACUGGUGCCGGUAUCGGUAUCGGUAUGGUCUUCGCUGCCCUCCUGAACUCCGUCGCCCGCAACCCUGCUCUCCGUGGCCAGCUCUUCUCGUACGCCAUUCUGGGUUUCGCCUUCGUCGAGGCCAUCGGUCUUUUCGACCUGAUGGUUGCCCUCAUGGCCAAGUUCACCUAA